AUGUUUACACGCCACAUUUCCAAGCCAUUGGCCAGAUCAAUUCGUACUUACGCAACUGACAGUGUAUCUCCACCAAGACAUAAGAAAGUGGGUGCUUUCAGAGGAGGAUUUAUCGGAUUCUUGUUGGGUAUCACAGUCACAGGAGGUGCAUCUUACUACUACUUAUUGGAACAGUAUAAUUCGGCCAAUACUGUUGUUGCUGCCGAUAUCAUUGCAUUACAGGCUUCCAUUAACAAUUUGGAAAGACAUGUGAAAUCGCUUGAACAGAAGAAAUAG